AUACAACAGUGCUUUAAAUUGAAAUAACUGCAAGGACUCUAAUGCAACGACUUAGUUGCUGCUGCUGCACUCUCGCACUAAAACAAUAACAACAGCAAUAAAGUGAAUUUUUCCAACUGCGUAGUAAGGCCAAGCAAAUAAUCGAGUUUAAAGCGUGUGGCCACAAUUGUUUAAUGUUUAAACAGCGCUAAUUGAAGCGGGCAUAUCCAGAGAGAUUCACACACAGGCCACACACAGCACAGCCAAGGCGCUUAAAUAAUUUAAGCUGGCACUUGGAAUAUGCGUUUGCAAUUAAAACGUUAAGCACUGGAAACAUGGCCAAUCUGCAAGCGGACAAGUCAAAUGGCAAUUGCGUCUAUGCGGACAGUUGCUGCCACACAGAUAAUGCGGUUGCAACAACAGCAACUGCAACAUCAACAACUCAGAAUACGACAAACACUAUAAACAUCAUGACGGGCGCUGCUGCUGCUGCGGCUGUUGCUGCCAGCUUGCCCACAUCCGCCUCUUGCGAGGACCUGGAUCUGGAUCACAGCCAGAGCCUGUCGGAGUACACAGACGCCGAUGAAAGCAUAUCAGCACCAACAGAAUUUCUAGCCGAGUUUCUGUCUGCUGUCAUGCUCAAGGACUACAAGAAGGCUUUGAAAUACUGCAAAUUGAUUUUGCAAUACGAGCCAAACAAUACAACGGCCAAGGAGUUCUAUCCACUCAUAUUGGACAAGCUGCGUGUGGCUGCAGCUAGUGACAGCGAUGAGAACUACAACAAAUCCUCAUCGCCUGAGCUGAACUUGGAGCUGGAGCUCGAAGCUGCGGCAGACUGUGAAGAGGAGGAGGAUAGUGUUAGCAGCAAUUCAUCAGAUGCGGACAAUGAUGAUGAAGUCGACGCAGAGCCGGAGGAUGAGGAAGAAAGCAGCAGUGGCGAUGACUACGAGCUGCCCAUUGAUGAGCCACAGGAUGUAGCCGCAGUUGGCAGCUUGGCGGCUCACUCGCACUCGCUAUCGCAUCACAACUCUGGCUCAUCACGCAACUCCUCCAGCGGCAGUGGCGGUCGCAGUGACAAUACCACGCACUCAUAUUCCAGUCUGCUGCUGGAGGACGACAAUGAUAUUGUGCCGCUCAAUUUGCAGUUUGGAAACAAGGAUUGCCAUGCCGCCGAUCUGGAUGUCAGCAAUGGCAACAAGUUGGCCUCGGCCUCCUGCAGUGAUUCGGAGUCGCCAACAGAGCCGUUGACACAACGUCUGGCGGCCAUUUUGCGCUCCAAGUGCGGCGUCUCGGCCAGCAACGAUGACAACUACUGAGCCGUCUCAUAUAUAUCAGCGAUUCGUAUGGACAAAUAUAUGCCACUAUAUGCUAUAAACCACUUAUAUAUGUAUAUUCUUGUAUACUCGUACUCUGACAGUUUACAAUUUACAACUCCUUUGCCCAACUAGUGCAUUCGCUUUACACAAACCUAGAAACCGUCCCUAACAGCAUAUGUAUAUAUUAUAUAUGUUUGUAUAGCUGCAAG